CCGUUUUGCUUCUGAUGGCCGUCAACAUGGCGGCUGUGGAGUGAGACGCAUGUCUAAACUUUGCUCCGACAAUUGAUAUUUUGCCUCGCGUAUAUUAUUUACGUGAAAGAAAGCCGUCGAACAAAAAAUGUCCCGCCACAGGAAUGUCCGAGGUUAUAACUACGACGAAGACUUUGAGGAUGAUGACUUGUACGGGCAGUCAGUGGAGGAUGACUACUGCAUCUCUCCUGCCACUGCCGCACAGUUUAUCUACUCACGUCAAGACUCAAGGCAGGCUCGACAUGUAGAGACCGUGGAGGAGGCAGAAUAUGAGGAGGAGGAAGUGGAGAUGCCAACCUCUCCAUCCAUCACAAGCACACUAGACCCACUAAAGCAAGGUCAGUUGUUUUCCUGUUUGGAUCACAUGAGAGCAGUACUGGGAGACUCAAUUCCAGACUCCACACUGACUCAGGCAGCUCUUAAAUACGACUGUGACCCUCACCGGGCCCUUGAUUUCAUUCUAACUGAGGAGAACACCAAUACACACGCCCCUCCUGUCAGAACCAACGCACAGCCCGAGCCUACCGCCACAGCUGCACCACAGAAAGGAGCCUUAUUUUCUCCAUCACACGACGGUAUUAAGACUGUAUCAAGUGCACAUUCAGGCAAACCCCUGAAACGAGACGGCGCAAAAGUACGGGACGCUCCAGAGAGUCGUGUCGAAGCGGAGGUUGUCCCUAAGGUUGCCCGGAUGACUGUGUCAGGCAAGAAGCAGACCAUGGGCUUUGAUGUGCGAAGUGCGGAAGAAAAUGGCGUUGUUGCCUCAUCGGUUCGCAGAGGGCAGAGUCCAGAGGUCACUGCUGCACCAACCACAGAAACCCCAUCCAAACCGGGGGUUAUGAGUGAAGACUCUACCACUACGACCCCAUCUCGACCAGCUGGAAAGAGCAAACAGCAGCUCAACAUCCGUGCCGAACUGGAGAAAAGACAAGGAGGAAAACCGUUACUCAAUCUGGUGGUCAUAGGUCAUGUAGAUGCUGGUAAGAGCACUCUCAUGGGUCAUCUGUUAUAUCUGCUGGGGAACGUUAAUAAGAGAACCAUGCAUAAAUAUGAGCAGGAGGCCAAGAAAGCUGGCAAGGCCUCGUUCGCCUAUGCGUGGGUACUGGAUGAGACCGGAGAGGAAAGAGACAGAGGAGUGACCAUGGAUGUGGGCAUGACAAAGUUUGAGACGGACUCGAAGGUUGUUACUCUGAUGGACGCACCAGGACACAAAGACUUCAUUCCGAACAUGAUCACAGGGGCGGCACAGGCAGAUGUGGCUGUGUUAGUCGUAGAUGCCAGCCGUGGGGAGUUUGAGGCCGGGUUUGAGGCAGGGGGGCAGACCCGCGAGCACGGCCUGCUGGUUCGAUCCCUCGGAGUCACGCAGCUUGCUGUUGCUGUCAACAAGAUGGACCAGGUUAACUGGCAGCAGGAGAGGUUCCAGGAAAUCAUCUCUAAGCUCGGUCACUUUCUAAAGCAGGCUGGUUUUAAGGAUUCUGAUGUGUAUUACAUCCCUACCAGUGGCCUAUCAGGGGAGAAUCUGACCACUAGGAGCAAAGUAGCAGACCUUACAGCCUGGUACACUGGACCAUGCCUACUGGAACAGAUAGAUGCAUUUAAACCUCCCCAGAGGUCAGUGGAGAAGCCGUUCAGGCUUUGUGUCUCAGACGUCUUCAAAGACCAGGGCUCUGGAUUCUGUGUGACAGGGAAGGUCGAGGCUGGCUUCAUUCAAACAGGAGAUAAAGCGCUGGUCAUGCCUCCUAAUGAGACCUGCACUGUUAAAGGGAUCACUCUCCAUGAUGAAGCAUUAGACUGGGCAGCUGCCGGUGAUCAUGUCAGUCUAACUGUAACGGGCAUGGACAUCAUCAAAAUAAACAUUGGAUGUAUAUUCUGUGAUCCCAAAGAGCCCAUCAGAGCCUGCACAAGAUUCCGAGCAAAAAUUCUUCUCUUUAAUAUAGAACUUCCCAUCACGCAAGGCUUCCCUGUGCUGUUGCAUUAUCAGACUGUAAGCGAACCGGCGACUAUUAGGAAGUUAGUCAGUAUAUUACACAAGAGCAGUGGAGAGGUUCUCAAGAAGAAACCAAAGUGUUUGAGUAAAGGACAGAACGCAGUGGUGGAGAUUCAAACGCAGAGGCCUGUGGCUCUAGAGCUCUAUAAGGACUAUAAAGAACUGGGGCGGUUCAUGCUGAGAUAUGUGGGCUCCACCAUUGCUGCUGGAGUUGUCACAGAGAUCAAAGAGUAAGGACCAGUUGGAACUGGAAGAGCGGAGAGAAGUGCAAUUUCCCA